CUCUUCGGAUUGCGCGCUCUCGCGAGAAGAGGCUGAGGAACCGGCCUGCAACCUGCCAGGGCGGCUCUGCUACGCGCAGCCGCCUCAGUGGCAGCCUCCACAGCAACCUCUGGAGGGAUCUGGCUGAGGAGGAAGUGGCGGUGUCACUGGCCUCGGCCUUUGCCCCAAUCUUCUGUGGGCACUGAAGGGGGACUACAGGUUCGAGAGUUAUGGGUGCUACAUGUGUGCUUUCAGAGCAAUAGUGUGAGGAAGCUUGGAGUGGGAUGGCAGGACGGCCUCAUCCCUAUGACGGUAACUCCAGUGAUCCAGAGAAUUGGGAUCGGAAAUUGCAUAGUAGACCUCGAAAACUUUAUAAACAUUCAAGUACAUCCUCGCGUAUUGCUAAGGGAGGAGUCGACCACACCAAAAUGAGUCUACAUGGUGCUAGUGGGGGACAUGAGAGAUCAAGAGAUAGACGAAGGUCAAGUGACAGAUCACGAGAUUCAUCUCAUGAAAGAACAGAGUCUCAACUCACUCCUUGUAUUAGAAAUGUGACUUCUCCAACACGACAGCACCAUGUUGAACGAGAAAAAGAUCACAGUUCCUCUCGUCCAAGCAGUCCGCGUCCUCAAAAAGCAUCCCCAAAUGGUUCCAUUAGCAGUGCUGGGACCAGCAGCAGAAACAGUAGUCAGUCAAGUUCAGAUGGUAGCUGUAAGACAUCUGGGGAGAUGGUGUUUGUAUAUGAAAAUGCAAAAGAGGGAGCUCGGAAUAUAAGAACGUCAGAACGAGUGACACUAAUAGUGGAUAACACUAGAUUUGUUGUAGACCCAUCCAUUUUUACUGCACAGCCAAAUACAAUGUUGGGCAGGAUGUUUGGAUCUGGCCGAGAACAUAACUUUACACGACCCAAUGAGAAAGGAGAGUAUGAGGUGGCAGAGGGAAUUGGUUCCACUGUGUUUCGAGCUAUUCUGGAUUACUAUAAAACAGGAAUAAUCCGUUGUCCUGAUGGCAUAUCUAUUCCUGAACUGAGAGAAGCAUGUGACUAUCUUUGUAUCUCUUUUGAAUAUAGUACUAUUAAAUGUAGAGAUCUCAGUGCCCUAAUGCAUGAGUUGUCAAAUGAUGGUGCUCGUAGACAAUUUGAAUUUUAUCUGGAAGAAAUGAUCCUCCCUCUCAUGGUAGCUAGUGCCCAGAGUGGGGAACGAGAAUGUCAUAUAGUGGUGCUUACAGAUGAUGAUGUGGUUGAUUGGGAUGAAGAAUAUCCACCACAGAUGGGAGAAGAAUAUUCACAAAUUAUUUAUAGCACAAAAUUAUAUAGAUUUUUCAAGUAUAUUGAAAACAGAGAUGUGGCCAAGUCAGUUUUGAAGGAGAGGGGUCUUAAGAAGAUUAGAUUGGGAAUAGAAGGUUAUCCUACCUACAAAGAAAAAGUAAAGAAAAGGCCUGGAGGCCGCCCAGAAGUGAUCUACAACUAUGUCCAAAGGCCCUUUAUUCGAAUGUCCUGGGAGAAGGAAGAAGGAAAGAGUCGGCAUGUAGACUUUCAGUGUGUAAAGAGUAAAUCUAUCACCAAUCUUGCAGCAGCUGCAGCAGACAUUCCCCAGGACCAGCUGGUGGUCAUGCACCCAACUCCACAAGUGGAUGAGCUGGAUAUUCUCCCUAUCCACCCCCCUUCUGGCAACAGUGACCUCGAUCCUGAUGCACAGAAUCCAAUGCUGUGAUGCUGAUUUUCCUUGAAACCAUAGCAUGCUACUCUUCACAGUGACGUUGUACUCUCCUCAUUCUGCACUGCAAGGCCACUGUUCUUCAUUGUGAGAUGCACAUAACAAUGUUUAGGAUAUUGCAGUGUAGGCUCUUUUAAAGACCAAAGGUAGCUGAAUGGUUUUUUUAAAAAUGAGUACAACUCUAGCAUUUUGAAGUUCCAGUUAUAUAAAUGUAUUUGUUUACCAGUAAGUUUGUGAAAUUGGUUCUUUGUAUGGGGGACGGUCCUUUUUCACACAUCUAGGUCUUUUCAAAAGUGGUGGAAAUUGGCAGCUGGGGUAUUUUCAGUUUGGAUUGAUAGUCAUCACACCCCAGAUAAAAUGCAGAGUAUUCUAUAGUUGCACUUUAUAAAUGGUGGUUAAAUGGAAAUGUUCAAGCCAUUUUAUAGUUGUAAUACACAAUGUAAUUUAAGUGCUUCUGUCAAAGUAUUCCUCGAGUAAAAAUUGUAUAGUUUGCUGCCCUUGAUGAGCAAAAAGUAUUUAUCUUGGGUUUAUCUGAAUGAUCAGGAUGAGAUUUAAUGCCCAUAACUUACCAGUGCAGUUAUCUCCAGGGCCGGUUCACCUUUUAGAGUGAGUCACAUGCAGGGAGUGUGAAAGUCAGAAGUGGUUUAUUAUCCAGUCUGCCUUACCCUUAAUCUGUUCACAGAUAUUUAUUUACUAAUGCUUUUUUUUCUUAAGAGUUACGGGAUAGGAAAAUGAAGUGUUUGCUCUUCAUUUACUAAAUGAUUGUAAACUUGAGUUUUUCAUCAAAAUAAAAUUCCAUUGUUUUAAUGUUUCUGACCAAA